AGCGCGCGCGAGAGUGUGGCGCUCAGGCCGGACGGACGGUGUUCGCGGUGACGCCCAACGCCCGCCCCCGGUGCUCCUGAUAAACGGUCCCCCCCCGACCCACACCCCUCUCCACUUUGUUCCCCUCCUUUCCCUCGCCUCGGGGUGGGGGAAGGGGAAGAUUCAACCGCUUCAGCCUGUCACCACCACCGCACACCCACACGCGCGCACCAGGCCAAGGUCUGAGGAUGCAGGAGGCGUCUCAGCAAAACCAGCCCCGCAGCGUGACUCUGCAGACAACAAUGGGAGUCAUAGUCGUGGAGUUGUACUUGAAACAUGCUCCGAGAACCUGCAAAAACUUUGUCGAGCUGAGUCGAAGAGGUUAUUACGAUGGGACAAAGUUUCACAGAAUCAUCAAGCAAUUUAUGAUUCAAGGAGGCGAUCCGACCGGAACAGGUCGAGGUGGGUCAUCUAUUUACGGGAAGCACUUUGAAGAUGAAUUGCACGCAGACCUAAGAUUCACUGGUGCAGGGAUCCUUGCCAUGGCAAAUGCAGGACCAGAUACAAAUGGCAGCCAGUUCUUUAUUUCGUUGGGACCUACGCAAUGGCUCGACGGGAAGCACACCAUCUUUGGCCGCGUUUGCCAAGGGAUGAGAGUCGUGAAUCGCAUUGGAAUGGUGGAAACUAAAGAUGGAGACCGACCUGUGGACGACGUGAAAAUCCUGAAAGCCUUUCCUCAAAGCUGAACAGGGUCUGCGCUCUGUCGUUCCCAGAAGAAAUUCAAACCAAACCAAUAAAUACAUUUUUAAAAAAAUAAUAAUAAUUUGGCCAUUCAAUCCAGGACUGUGCACAAUUGGCUGCCGGGUUUCGCCCACAACACACACAAGUCAAUUCACUUUGCAGUGUAUCCUGUGAAGCGCUUUGAGACGUCUCAACCGACGUGAUAAGGCGCUAUAUCAAAUGCAAGGAUUAUUAUUAUAAUCCUUUAGCAAUGAUGAGAUUUUAUAUUUAAGUGACCCAUCUAAAUACUUGAAUGAAUAUUUGGGAUUUGUAGCCCUUUGUUGUGCAUUUGUACUUUUUUUUCAAAUAAACAAAAAUGAUAUUG